CCCUCCGAAUUGAACACUCGUACCGAGUCGCUGGACCGAUCCCAAAGCGAGCUCUAGCCUUUCCAAGCCCUCGUCGGUCUGUUCUCACACUCGAGACCGUCACUCGCCUUACGUUCGAUUUCGAAAUUCGAAGGCGAAUCUCGUUGUGCAACCGCUCCACAUCCCGAGGAGCGAAGGCAUCCCAUCCGAGCGCGCGUUCCCCUGGUUCUGGGCCACGAGACUUCCUUCAAGCGGUGCAGAAGCAGGUUCGCAUCGUUAGCAACAAGUGGUGAAGCCAGCCCCCAUUCCUUUCUCCAGCAGCACACGACGCCCCGAGACGAUAGCCUCAGUUGUGAAAUCGAGCUGCUCCAGACAAUUGAGCUUAGCAGCUUUGGAAAUGUCCAUUGAAAGCGUACAAGACAACGACGCUACUGGCCAGCAACGGCCCUCUAACAUGGCUAACAAGACUGUGCGUACACUGCAGCCCCCCAUGGCUCAGCAGGCCCAAUACUCGGACAUGCUUCUCGGUGACAUGGGAAUGAUGGGCUGUGACGUCGACGCUUGGUCACGGACGCAGCAACAGCAGCAGUAUGCUCAACAGCCACAACAGUUCGGCUUCGCCUGCCCUCCAGCAGUGCUCACCCGCCACACUUCGAUGCCUGUCCGUCAGAUGACCCCCACGCAGUACCAGCAGUCACAGCCGACGUCAUUCGCCAUGGGCGUGCCGCCAACACUCGCACGGCAUCACAGCCACGGCUACGUGUCAGUUAUGCAGCAGCACCAGGGGUACCAAGCAUCUAUGAACGUGCCGAUGCCUCCUCGCCAGGUGCACGUGAACGAAAUGCAGUACCUUCUCGAGAUAAGUAUGGGCCAGCAGCAGUACCAGGUUCCGUCACAACGCAUGAUGAAGUCCGAGCCUACCUCAUCGGCCAUGAACGUCGAGCCCAUUGCCUUCACCCAUGCCGACCACAAUACGAAGGUUGCCAUGGACGAUCUCGACCCCAUUGCCUACUCCGUGUUUGGACACGCUGCCCCCAAGCCCGCGCUUCCCGGCAUGCCUCAGGACAUCCAGCAGAUCGAGUCGGCCUUUGACUCGUUGGACCGGCUUCUUCCUGAGAUUGAGCAGGAAAUGCUGUUCCGUUCGCCGGAACUGGACCAGUUCGCACAGGCAACCAUUGCUGCUCACGUCAAGUCGACCACCAAGUCUCCAAAGAGCAUGGCUACCUGCAAGGUGGGCGGCUGCGAACGUCGUGUGCGCUCCAAGGGAUUCUGUAAGACACACGGCGGUGGUCGUAAGUGCAGCAUUGAAGGUUGCAAGAAAUCGAGUCAGAAUGGUGAAUUCUGCAUCGGCCACGGCGGUGGCAAGAAGUGCAAGGAGGAAGGUUGCGCCAAGGCGGCUCAGUCGCAUGGUCUGUGCAAGGCUCAUGGCGGAGGUGCACGCUGCAAGUUCCCUAACUGCAACAAAAGCUCGCAGGGCGGCGGUCUGUGCCGCGCCCACGGUGGAGGUAAGCGUUGCCAGGCUGCUGGUUGCCCCAAGGGCGCACAGCGCGGCAACUUCUGCGCCACUCACGGCGGCUUCCGCAAUUGCAAGAUCGAGGGCUGCGUGCGUACCGACCGUGGCGGUGGUUUCUGCGAGGUGCACCGUCGUGGUCGCCUCUGUAAGGUCGAAGGCUGCAAGAAGCUCUCGCGCAACCAGGGCAUGUGUACCAUGCACAUCCGCGAGGACAAGCAGGAUUCUGUUGAUCUCAACCUGCCAGAGCCUGUUGCUGCUGCCUUAGCCGUCUGAAGAGUGUGACAGUCCUCAGCUUCGGGUGAUCAACUCCUGGACUUUCGGUCCUUCUCUCUCUCUACAAUUUCUGCGUCAACGUUAUCCCUCAUUCGAUUGGAAAAUGAGGAGGAGAAGAACAAGGAGUCGAUCUCCGACUUUGCCCGAGCUGUACUCUAUCGCUUAGGCCUAUUUGUCUCUAUGUCUCAAGCUUGUAUUCAUCGGCGUCGUACCAUCCAGUCUACAGUAGUCUACGUGAAAACCAUUGUCAAGUAUUUAAGCGUUUGGUGAAUCAAUAAAGCAAUGUAUCAACUUC